AUUAAAUUUUACAUUCAGACCGCCGACUCUCAUCAAUCGUCACAAUGAAACUUGGUGUUUGUCAGAGAAAAUUUCAAAUCGAACAAGACAUCGAUUCGUUACUUUCACUCAACACAAGUGCUCACCUAAUUUGGUUAUAAAGUUGCAUCCAGUUGAUUCAGGUUACAUUUGCCAUUCAGGUGAGCAAAAUCUUGCGUUUGGUAGCUUCAUCUAGCUUGUGUAUCAAACAUGGCCAAAGUGAUUACCCAGGAGACUUUCGACGAUGUGGUCAAGGAGAACAUUGUCGAGUUCUCGAUGUCCGUCGAGGAAUCCCGCGACGAAACGGUGAAACAGUUCGAAGCCCAGGGCAUAAAUCUGUCCAACAUUAUCAAAGAUUUGAACCUCAAUGCAGACAGUGGAGUUCCUUUGUUGAAUGAGGCGCUGGAAUGGCUGAAAAGCCGACAAGCCAAUCUGGGCGGCGAAAACCCGGAGGAUGUUUGCAAACAGCUGGAAGCGCUUUCGUCGGAAUGUAAAUUGAGUGUCCCGCAUCGCGUACUGGCAGCUAAGUUGGGUGCCUAUGAAAUGGUCGUAGAUAUUCUGGAUGAGGAAAAACAACUGCCCAAGGGAAUCCUUGCAAAGCUCGUAGCAGCGGCUAAUUCAAUAAUCAAUAAACAACCCGACAUCUUCAGCUUCAAAUCAUUGGAUGUUGUUUCAAGGCAUUUGAGAAACGAAACCGAUAAAGCAAUUAUUUGCGACCUUCUGCGGUGGCUUCAAAAAGCUUGUAUCCUUCACGAAAUGAAUCGUCAGAUGAUUAUGGAGGACACUCCAAUGCUGAAGCAUCUAAAGACGCUUGUCGGGCACAAUGAAGCAGAAGUAGUGAAGAAUGUUUGCGCUUUAUUCAGGUUCCUUAUCCUGGAUGAUGAUAUUCGUGUAGAGUUUGGAAAGGCUCACGAACAUGCCAGAACGUUGGCCGUUGAAACCUUGCCAGAUAUCACCAAACUGCUGUUCAAAUUCAAAUCCGAUCAGGAUCUGGUGUGUGAUUUGCUAUUAACGGUUGCGUCAUUGACCGUGCGAAAUGAAUUUUGUCAAGUAGUUGAAGAUGCCGGUGGCCUCAAGUUCAUUAUGGAUGCUAUGGUAGAGUUUCCCGAUUCCAUAAAAAUUCUCAGGGAAUCGUGUAAGCUGUUAAAGGCUCUUGCUGGCAACGAUUCCGUGAAAUCGCACAUUAUUCAAAACGGUGCUGCACCACUUAUUGAAUCAGCUCUCAACCGACACAAAGACAAUGAAACCUUCGCUCGUCAUGCCUUGGUAUGUGUGGCCACGUUGGCUCUUAGAGAAAAGGAUAAUAGUAAAGCUCUGUUCGAAACUGGAAUUUCCGAAACGAUUAUUCAAACUAUGAAGAUUCAUCCCACCAGUAAGAUUGUGCAACGAAAUGGCGCCUGGUCCAUAAGGAACAUGGUGUCACGAUCACGGGACCAGUGCGACACGUUCAUCAGUCAAGGGGCAGAAGAUGUGUUGAAUCAGGCACUCGCUGACCACCCAACUAUUACCCACGAUGUCAAAUCUGCGCUGCGAGAUUUAGGUUGUAAGGUACAUCUGAAUGAAGAAUGGAAGGCCCAAUCCGACAUUCAGAUUAAGAACGAUGAAUAAUUUUGUGUGGCUAGGUAGAACACAAGACUUCCUUUUUUGCUAUGUUAAUCUAUCAGAUAAUUUGCAACUGCUUUUACAAACGUACUCACACUGCCUUUAAUAAUAUUUAUGCUAUGCGGCAGAUUCUUAUUUAUAAUAUGUUUACACGAUUGAAUAUAAUUAACCUGCACCCUAUUGAA